AUGUCUGCAUACCUUGGACCUACGUUGUUGUUUGUUGUAGUUGUAUUAGAGUUAUGUUUUUCUCCGGCCACCGUGGUUGCCGCCGGUUCCGCCGUAACACAUCUGCCGGGAUAUGAAGGGACGCUUCCUUUUGAACUUGAAACCGGGUAUAUUGGAGUCGGCAACAAAGGAGAAGAGGUUCAACUAUUCUAUUAUUUUAUUAAGUCAGAGUCAAAUCCAAAUACAGAUCCGCUUGUUGUUUGGUUAACUGGAGGUCCAGGUUGCUCUGGUCUAUGGUCAAUCACAUAUGACAAUGGGCCACUGCGAUUUAAUAAAGUGGAAUACAAUGGGAGCCUCCCUACAUUGUCAUUAAAUACCUAUGGAUGGACCAAGGUCGCAAAUAUCAUCUUUUUAGAUUUACCCGCAGCGACAGGCUUUUCUUAUGCAACAACAUCUAGGGCUAACCAAUCCAACGAUAUAAAAACUGGUUUCGAUGGAUGUCAAUUUGUUCAAAAGUGGCUGAAAGAGCAUCCUAACUUCAUCUCCAAUGAUCUUUAUGUUGGUGGGGAGUCCUAUUCUGGCGUAUUAGUUCCCAUUCUUACUCGAUUUUUAUCAGAUGGAAUCGAGGCUGGAGAUACACCAUGGAUUAAUCUAAAGGGAUAUCUCUUGGGGAACCCUGCGACGGUCGUAAUUGAAGAGUUCAACUACCAAAUCCCAUAUGCUCAUGGGAUGGGUCUUAUUUCGGAUGACCUAUACAAGUCACUAGAACGUCAUUGCGAAGGGAAGUAUCAAAUUGUUGAAUCCAGCAAUUCGAACUGCAUGCAAAAUGUGGCCACCUUUUAUCAGUGGUAUAGCCAAUUAUACGAGUCUCACAUUUUGGAGCCUGCUUGUGGUGGUGAUCCUGCUUUGACAAGACGGCCUUUCUGUCACCUUGGUGUGGAGUACCAAAAUUUGUUUGACCAAAGAAGAUCUCUUGGAGAGCUUAACAAUCGCAUCACUGCAAAAUGUCGAGACCAUUGGUAUAACCUCGUGUCUUAUUGGGCCAACGAACAAACUGUCCGCGACGCUAUCCAUAUCAAGAAGGGAACUGUUGAUCUUUGGGAAUUUUGCAAUUCUAAUUUAUCAUACACAUACAAUGCACGCGAUGUGACAUCGUAUCAUGCAUACCUUAGCACCAAAGGUUAUCGAUCCCUUAUUUACAGUGGUGAUCAUGAUCCUUGCAUCCCAUUUCUUUCGACGCUAGCAUGGAUAAAAUCAUUAAACUAUUCAAUUAUCAAUGACUGGAAACCAUGGUGGAUUGAUGAUCAAAUUGCUGGAUACACAAUGACUUACUCAAAUCAGAUGACAUUUGCGACUGUAAAGGGAGGUGGGCAUACAGUCCCAGAAUCUGCACCACAUCAAGCUCUAAUCAUGUUCACAAAAUGGAUACAAAAUGGUGGCCUUCUCUAA